AUGCAACGCUCGUCAACCAAUCCUACCAACCACGGUCUUCAACCCAAAAGGCCCUUUUCAGGGCCAACCAUGACGAUGAUAUCCAUAAAUAUCGAAGGUCUUACACCAGAGAAAGAAAAUAUUUUAGCGGAGUUAUGUAAAACAUCGGGAUGUGAGGUGCUGUGCUUACAAGAGACGCACCGAGAUACAAACCACAGAAGACCAAAAAUAAGCGGGAUGAGACUAGUGGUAGAAAGGCCACACAGUAAAUACGGAAGUGCUAUAUUUACUAAACCUGAUUUGGAUAUAAUAUCGACAGGGAUCACAGACAAAAACAAUAUAGAAAUUAUGACAAUAGACAUAAAACAAUGCACCAUAACAUCAAUAUAUAAGCCCCCUAAUGUAUCAUUUGAAUUUGAAGAACCUGAGAACUACAGGGAAAGAAAUAUAAAAAUUGUAAUAGGAGAUUUUAAUAGCCAUAAUGUGAUGUGGGGAUACACAGAGAACAAUGAAGAUGGGGAAAAGGUCGAAGAUUGGGCAGAAAGGGACAAUAUGAGUUUAAUACAUGAUGCUAAACUCCCACCAUCAUUUAACAGCGGUAGAUGGCGGAAAGGAUAUAACCCCGACAACAUCUUCGUGAGCCAUAAUAUAAGAAAUAUGAGCAUUAAAUCAAUAAUGAAAGCUAUCCCAAAAACUCAACAUCGACCGAUCCAAUGCCAGAUAAAUGCAGCCAUAACACCGCGAAUGGUACCUUUUAGGAGACGAUUCAACUUUAAAAAGGCUAAAUGGGCAGAAGUCACGAAAUAUAUGGAUAAUGAAAUACAAACUCUACAACCAACACCUGCUAAUUACUGCAAAUUUGUUGAUAGAUUAAAGAAGGUCUCAAGAAAAUAUAUACCAAGGGGUUGCCACAUCAAUUACAUCAAGGGACUACGACAAGACACCAUAAAGGACUUAGAAACCUACUACGAAAGGUAUGAAGAAGAUCCCUUUUCGGAACUAACAAUUGAAACUGGAGAACGUAUUUUGAAGGAUAUAGCCGAAGAACGUAAAAAAGAAUGGAUGACAUUAAUUAAGGAUCUAGAUAUGGUCAAAAACAGCAACAAAGCCUGGAAACUAAUAAAAAGCAUGAACAAUGAAAAACAACAACCGAAAGAGCAUAUAAACAUAACACCAGACCAAAUUGCACACAAAUUAUUAAUGAAUGGGAAAACGAAGACAAAAGGGAAGAAAACUAAGCUUAAAUUUAAAAUGGAUAUAAAGAAUAAUACAAGUGACUUCAAUAAACCAUUCGAGAUGGAUGAGCUAAAUAUGGCCAUCGGAGUAAUGAAAAAUAGGAAAGCAGCGGGCAUCGACGGAAUCAUGACAGAACAGAUCAAGCAACUAGGCCCCAAAGCCAAGGAAUGGCUACUAAACAUGUUCAAUAACUGUAUCAAAACCGAUAGUAUCCCAACAGAAUGGCUCAAAUCACAUGUUGUGGCAUUAUUGAAGCCUGGAAAAGCCCCUACAGAUGCAAGUAACUUUAGACCCGUGUCACUAUUAUGUCAUACAUAUAAAAUGUUUGAGAGAAUGGUACUGAAUAGAAUAAAAGACAAGAUAGACGGGAAACUAAUCAAGCAACAAGCUGGCUUUAGGGCUGGUAAGUCAUGCACGGGGCAAAUACUUAACCUUGUUGAAGAAAUAGAGAAAGGCUAUGAGAAUAAUGUAAUAACAGGUGCAGCUUUUAUCGACCUCAGCGCUGCAUAUGAUACGGUUAAUCAUAGAUUACUGCUUAAGAAAAUAUAUGAGCUAACUGAAGAUGCGAAAUUCACAAAAAUUAUUAGUCUUUUAUUAAGGAAUAGACGGUUUUUUGUAUCAUUGCAGGCCAAAAAGAGCAGAUGGAGAAGACAAAAUAAUGGAUUACCCCAAGGAAGUGUUCUAUCACCAAUUUUAUUUAAUAUUUAUACUAAUGAUCAACCAAUUGGGACCCAAACGAAGCACUUUAUAUACGCUGAUGACCUCGCUAUUACAACCCAGGGCAAAACAUUCGAAGAGGUGGAAGUGAAUCUGAAUGACACACUUAAUACUAUGAAGGAAUAUUAUAAUGAUAAUUACCUCAAACCGAAUCCAGCAAAAACACAAAUUACCGCUUUCCACUUACGAAACAGAGACGCCAAGCGGAAACUGAGAAUUAAUUGGCAAGACACAGAAUUAGAGCAUUGCGAAGAACCAACCUACUUAGGCAUUAAACUUGACCGAGCCCUGACAUAUAGAAGUCAUUGUGAAAACACAAAAAAUAAAAUAGGAACAAGAAACUGCUUGCUUCAAAAACUGGUUGGCUCUCAAUGGGGCGCAGACCCUCAUGUCUUGAGAACGACAGCCUUAUCACUAUGUUACUCGACGGGUGAAUAUGCUUGUGCUGCAUGGAGAAACUCAGCACAUGCUAAAAAGGUAGACGUGGCCCUAAAUGUAACUAACAGAUUAAUUACGGGGUGCCUGAGACCAACACCAGUUCAGAAAGUACAAGUAUUAUGCGGUAUAGCACCCCCUAAUAUAAGGCGAGAGGUGGCAGCAAGGGUAGAGAAAACAAAACAAGAAUCAGACUUAAGACAUCCUCUAUAUGGAGGUAAAAUCAUGGGGAGCCGGCUCAAAUCAAGGAAAAAUUUUUUGAAGACAACAAUUAGCCUAUCACAAACACCUGAAGCAACGAGAAUAGACUUAUGGAAGGAGGCAAUGAAAGAGCAUAACUCACUGCUAUGGAAGGAUCCGAAGGAAAGCUUACCGACCGGAAGUCACUUACCAUGGUCGGUAUGGAAGACACUGAAUAGAUUACGAACGGAAACUGGAAGGACAGCGAGUAAUAUGAAAAAAUGGGGAUUGAAAGAUGAUGGGAAAUGCGAAUGUGGUGGAGAGCAGGAUGCGGACCAUCUGUUUGUAUGCCCACAAUUACCGAAUAAGUGUAGAAAGGAAGAUUUUUUGACGCAUAAAAUUUCAGACAAAGCAAUACAAAUUGCGGCUUACUGGGGAGCGAAGGGAAUAUGA